AUGAGUGAAGAGGGUAAUGUGUUUGUGAUAAGUGAGGAAAAGAAGGGAAAGACAAAGGACAAGGACAGAACUGAGGACAAGGGUAAGAAGGAAACUGAGAAGAAAAAUAAGACUAAAGGGAAGAAGAUUGGUAAGGAUGACAGACAGGGUGAGAUAAGGACUGAGGACAUUGGGAAAAGGGCUGAGAGUAAAGGACAGGAUGAGAGUGAUUCGGAUAGUUGUAGGUGGAAACAAGUAGGCAAGAAGAAGGGUAGGAAGGGCGUGGCUAAGAGUCUGGAUGUGGGUAUGGAGGUGGAUUCGCCAUAUUCGGAAGAGUUUAAGAGAAGUCAGGAUGGAAGUAGCAGAAGUGAGAGUGAGAGUGAGCGAGAAAUACAAAAGGCUGUGUACCUAUAUGAGGGAGGUGCCUCGAUGUGCAUGAUAUGA